AAAUAAAAUCUCUCCUUUCUCGCAAGCUCUAGCUCUAGCCAGCUCUCACUCUCCAGCUCUUCUCUUCUCUUCUCUGUACGAACGCGAAAAGCUUACACGAAAAUGUCAGUACGAGUUCUGAACCCAAAUGCGGAGGUGCUCAACAAAACGGCGGCGCUUCAUAUGACAAUCAACGCCGCCAAGGGGUUGCAGGAUGUACUCAAAUCAAAUCUCGGUCCUAAGGGAACCAUCAAGAUGCUUGUUGGUGGAUCGGGAGAUAUCAAGCUUACCAAGGAUGGGAACACUCUGUUGAAGGAAAUGCAAAUUCAGAAUCCGACCGCUAUUAUGAUUGCAAGGACUGCUGUUGCCCAGGAUGACAUUAGUGGUGAUGGUACUACCUCCACUGUUAUCUUCAUUGGUGAGCUCAUGAAGCAGUCCGAACGAUGCAUUGAUGAAGGAAUGCAUCCACGUGUCUUAGUUGAUGGUUUUGAGAUUGCUAAGAGAGCUACGCUUCAAUUCCUUGACAACUUCAAGACCCCUGUAGUUAUGGGUGAUGAACCUGAUAAAGAGAUACUGAAAAUGGUCGCCAGAACGACACUUAGAACAAAGCUGUACGAAGGCUUGGCUGAUCAACUGACUGACAUUGUCGUUAAUUCAGUUCUCUGUAUCCGGAAGCCUGAGGAAGGUAUUGAUCUGUUUAUGGUGGAGAUAAUGCACAUGCGCCACAAAUUCGAUGUCGACACAAGAUUGGUUGAGGGGCUUGUUCUUGAUCAUGGUUCAAGGCACCCUGAUAUGAAACGACGCGCAGAAAAUUGCCACAUCCUGACUUGCAAUGUGUCUCUGGAGUAUGAGAAGAGCGAAAUUAAUGCAGGCUUUUUCUACUCUAAUGCGGAGCAGAGGGAAGCCAUGGUUACUGCCGAGAGGCGAUCUGUUGAUGAAAGAGUUCAGAAAAUUAUCGAUCUCAAGAAAAAGGUGUGUGCUGGUAAUGAUAACAACUUUGUUAUCAUAAACCAAAAGGGUAUUGACCCACCGUCACUGGAUCUUCUGGCUAGAGAAGGGAUUAUUGCCCUUAGAAGAGCAAAGAGGAGGAACAUGGAACGUUUAGUUUUGGCCUGUGGUGGAGAAGCUGUGAAUUCGGUUGACGACUUGACCCCCGAGUCGCUUGGAUGGGCUGGACUUGUCUAUGAGCACGUUCUUGGAGAGGAAAAGUACACCUUCGUGGAGCAAGUGAAGAACCCUAAUUCGUGUACCAUCCUCAUCAAAGGGCCUAAUGACCACACCAUUGCUCAAAUUAAGGAUGCGGUUCGCGAUGGUCUAAGAUCUGUCAAGAACACCAUAGAAGACGAGUGUGUUGUGUUAGGAGCAGGAGCUUUUGAAGUUGCAGCAAGACAACACUUACUUAAUGAAGUCAAGAAAACCGUUCAAGGGCGUGCCCAACUUGGGGUGGAAGCGUUUGCAAAUGCCCUUCUCGUGGUGCCUAAGACACUUGCUGAAAACGCAGGCCUUGACACCCAAGACGUGAUAAUUUCUCUUACGAGCGAGCAUGACAAUGGGAACGUAGUGGGAUUGAACCUUCAGGACGGUGAACCAAUCGACCCGCAGCUUGCUGGUAUCUUCGACAACUACUCAGUGAAACGCCAACUUAUCAACUCAGGGCCAGUGAUUGCAUCGCAGUUGCUUUUGGUGGACGAAGUGAUUCGUGCAGGAAGAAAUAUGAGGAAGCCUACUGCUUGAAGUCCUUUUGCUUUCUUGUUACUUGCUACCUUAUCAAGUUUGUCUUUUUGUUUUUGUUUCAAUCCUGAAAGUUGUUUGAAACCCUAUGUUUUUGGUUAUGAGAAACAUUUUUGAAUCUGA